GGUCCCCAGAGCAGCUCCGGAUCAGCUCCGGAUCUCCAGAGGCAUCUCUUGAGGCGCUUCAUCUACUGUCCCCUCCGAGUGGCAGCCGGGAGGCGUCUUCAUCCUCCUCUCCAUCCUUGGCUAGUCGCGCCAGAACCAUGUCAGCGGAGAACACGACCGGCCCCACGGAGGACCAGGUGGAGAUCCUGGAAUACAACUUCAACAAGGUCAACAAGCAUCCCGAUCCCACCACGCUGUGCCUCAUCGCCGCCGAGGCGGGCCUCACGGAGGAGGAGACGCAGAAAUGGUUUAAGCAGCGCCUGGCCCAGUGGCGGCGGUCAGAAGGCUUGCCCUCCGAAUGCAGGUCGGUCACAGAUUAGGGAGCCAGCGGCGCCUGCAGCCUCCCUGGCUCUCCUGAACUGCACCUGCGGCUCCUCAGCUGGGCUUACCCAGGCUCUUUCGAUGUUUCAGUGCAGCGUUGAAUGUCCCAUCGUUGGCUGGCCUGCUAUUUAAU